AUGGUCAAAACAAUCGUGAUCGUCGGCGUUACUGGCGCCCAGGGCUCCUCGGUAGCAGCCACGUUCCUCAGACUCCCUUCGUGGCAUGUUCGAGGCAUCACUCGCAACACUAAUAGCGAAGCCGCAAAAGCUCAAGCCGCCAAAGGCGUUCAGAUUGUUCAGGCCGACCUCGAUGACGUCCCUUCACUCAUCUCCGCAUUUGAAGGUGCACACGCCAUCUUUGCCAACACGGACUGGUCAGCAGCACUUUUCUAUGCUCUCGAACAUCCUGAAGUUGGCGACGCGCGACAGUACUUUCGAGAUGUUGAGUUCCGAUACGGCGCGAAUCUUGCAGAGGCAGCGGCGGCCGAGUCGACGAUGAAGACACUGGAGAGGUUCGUUUGGUCGAGCUUGAGCCACGCGAAGAAGCUUAGUAAGGGGAAGUAUUCGAAGGUUUAUCACUUCGACGUUAAGGCUGAAGUUGAGGAUCACAUUCGCGAACGCUAUCCAGAGUUAGCAGCGAAGAUGAGUACUGUGCAUCUGGGCAACUAUGUCACCAAUUGGCAGUUGUAUCCACCAGCAGCGCCCCGGAAGCAGGCCGAUGGCACAUUUGUCAUUGAGUCCGCAUUGCCCGACGACUUCAGGAAUCCUUUCGUCUGGGCACACAAAGAUACCGGAGCCUUCGUGAAGGCUUUGGUGGAAGAAUGUCCGUCAGGAACAAAUCUCAGAGCCAUUUCAGAGACAUUGACGUGGCCGGAAUACACAAAAGUUUGGGCUGACACCUUGGGCGUCAAGGCUGUGUAUAGAAACGCUGGGCUCGAAGAGCACUUCGGCGAUAAGGGCUUGCCGGCUGCGUUGAGGGAGGAAAUCAUGGACGCGUUUUCGUACGCCAUCGAAUACAAUUAUGACGGUGGCGACCCCAAUAUCAAGACUGCUGAACAGCUUGGUAUCAAGGUGCCGACAACUUCGAUGGCAGAGUACGUGAGGCAGGAAACUUGGCCGAUGUUGUAA